AUGUCAGAUUUAGAGUCAAUUGCGCAUUACCUUGCGCAAUCCGUCGUGGCGUCGAGCUCUAAAGCGGCUGAAGCCAGCUUGAAGGCUCAAGAAUCGCAGGAAGGGUUCCCCUUGACGCUGAUGCAUGUCAUUGCAUCUGCAAACCUUCCUGUAUCGACGAGGCUAGCUGGAGCACUUUUCUUCAAAAAUUUUAUCAAACGUAAGUGGGUAGACGAGAACGGCACGUAUUUGAUAUCACAAACGGAUGUUGAGGCCGUAAAAAGAGAAAUAGUUCCUCUGAUGAUUGUUCUGCCUGGAAAUUUGCAGGUUCAGAUCGGAGAGGCUAUUUCUGUGAUUGCAGAUUCAGAUUUCCCUCAUAAGUGGCCUGACUUACUCGACGAUCUGAUCGGGAAACUGUCGAUGACCGAUAUGGUCACCAAUCGCGGUGUUUUGACCGUGGCACAUUCUAUUUUCAAAAGAUGGCGUCCUCUUUUCAGAUCUGACGAAUUGUUUUUAGAAAUCAAGUUUGUCCUAGACAAGUUUGCUUCUCCCUUCUUGGCACUUCUUCAGUCCGUAGACGAGCAGAUCGCUCUCAAUAGCUCAGACGCAGCAAAACUGGCGUUGCUAUUUGACGUUCUACUUGUUCUGGUCAAGCUGUACUACGAUCUGAACUGUCAGGAUAUACCCGAGUUUUUUGAAGACAACGUUCAUUUGGGGAUGACAAUCAUGCAUAAAUACUUGGCAUAUGAUAACCAGUUAUUGGAGGAUCCAGAUGAGGAAGACCAGCCCAGUGUCGUGACAAAAACGAAGUCCAGUAUAGAGGAGCUGGUACAACUUUACAUCACAAGGUAUGACGAUGUGUUUGAGCCAAUGGCAAAUGAUUUUAUAAAAACGACGUGGAAUCUACUCACAGCUCUAUUGCCGCAAGCUAAAAAUGACGUUUUCAUCUCGAAGGCCCUUCAUUUCAUGACUGCUGUCACCAAAAUUCCAAAGUACUUUGAGAUGUUCAACAACGAGGCUGCUUUAGAGAGCAUCACGCAACAAAUCAUUCUACCUAAUGUCACUUUACGGGAGGCUGAUGAAGAGCUUUUCGAAGACGAUCCAAUAGAGUAUGUGAGACGCGAUCUUGAGGGAUCCGAUUCGGAGACUAGAAGAAAGGGCUGUACCGAUUUUUUGAAGGAACUGAAGGAAAAGAACGAGCAUCUUGUCGUGUCUAUCGUAUUGAAACAAAUCAGGGCGUUUUUCCUAAAGUAUCAGGAGGAUCCGAUCGCCAACUGGAAGUUUAAAGACUUGUCAAUAUACCUUUUCUCCACGUUAGCCAUUAAUGGCAGUAUAAGCAACCCGGGCGUUUCAUCGACGAGCAUUUUGCUAGAUGUGGUCGAAUUCUUUAGUGAACAGAUAUCUCCUGACCUCGUGGGAACAACUGCUCAUCCAAUUUUGAAGGUGGACGCUAUCAAGUACAUCUACACUUUCCGAAACCAACUCAGCAAGGAGCAAUUAAUUGAAAUUCUCCCGAUUUUGGCUGGACUUCUGCAAUCGGAUGAAUUUGUCGUUUACACUUAUGCUUCCAUCACCAUCGAACGCAUACUUGCGAUAAGAGAGUCUAACACUUCUUCUGUUGUUCUUUUCAAAAAAUCCGAUUUGGCAGGAAGCUCGCAAGUUUUGUUAACCAAUCUUUUCCGUCUGAUAUUCAAACAAGGCCAGUCCCCAGAGAAGUUGGCCGAAAAUGAAUUUUUGAUGAAGGCGAUUUAUCGAGUUUUAUUGACGUUAGAGGAGCUUUCCGCCUCUUUCGCUCCAAAUACCGUCAAUCAGCUUCUUGAGAUUGUGUCGUUUAUUUCCAAGAAUCCCUCAAACCCCAGGUUUUCGCAUUAUUGCUUUGAGUCUCUGGGCGUUGUGCUCAAAUACAAUGAGCCAUCAUUGAAUGAAUUUUUGGAAGUGAUGAUGCCAAGUUUCAUGAAUAUAUUGUCGGAAAACAUCCAAGAGUUUAUUCCUUACACCAUUCAGCUCAUCGCCUAUUGCAUAGAGCAGCUACCAAAAGGUGGACGUCUCCCAGAAUCGAUCGCACAACUGGCUCAACCAAUUCUAUCGCCAUCUGUUUGGGAAAUGAAGGGUAAUAUUCCAGCUGUAACUAGGCUUCUUAAGGACAUCAUUCGCGUGGAUCCUAGCGCAUACCCAGAUCUUGUUCCAGUGCUGGGUGUUUUUCAAAGAUUGAUUGCAUCUAAAACAUAUGAUGUUAACGGACUUGAACUUCUGGAAUAUGUUGUGACAUACAUGCCCUUGGAGAAGGUACAGCCCUACACAAAACAAAUUGCGGUCCUUCUUCUCCAGCGUCUACAAAAUUCAAGAACGGAAAAGUACGUGAAGAAAUUUGUGGUUUUCUUGAGCAUCGUUGCUCACAAGCGUGGUUCGGAUUUUGUUAUUAAUUUUGUAGACGAGGUCCAGAACGGCUUGUUUGAACAAAUCUGGAACGCCUUCGUCAUCAGCACACUGCCUACGAUGGGAAACUUGUUGGACCGCAAAGUGGCGAUUGUCGGAGUCCUUGAUAUCAUAACAAGCGGCACGGAUUUUUCCAAAAAGUACCCGGGUCUUUUUGCACCUUCUCUGGAGGUUCUGGUCGGGACCGCAGCAUCCGAAAGCAUUGUCAACAUGAACAGUGAUUUCGUGGACCUUGAUAAUCUGGAGGAGAUUUCAACUUUUGGUUCCAGUUUCAGCAAGUUGAUCUCAAUUGGCGAGAAAAGCUUUGAUCCAGUUCCGGAGGUUGAUCUGACUACCGGGGUUAAAUUUUACGUGAGGGACACGCUUUUGGCGUUCAAUCAAAGGACUGGCAACAGCCUGUCAAGUCUGGCCCCCCAGCUUUCAGACGACGCCAAAAUGGCAUUGCAUAGCUUGGGCCUCAGUUAA